GCGGGGGUAGCCUUCUCGAAGUACUGUACUUAAUUAGCUGGGUGAGAAGCGGGAAGCAGAGCCCCUCAAAACUCAGUUUUCCAGCCCGCCGGCAGAGGCCUGAGAGAGCAGAUAACGUGGGUGUGACGUUAUCUGAACUCAGCGGGGAUCGGCCGAGGGAGGUCUUAGCACUUCUACCUCCUCUGUCCCUCAUUUUCUCUUGCUUCUCGCUAUCUGGUGGAUGAGUUCUGGGCCCUGGGCGAAGACUGCUGUUCCACCCGCCCAUUCACUCGCGUGCGGUGACUUUCCAUUAAUCAGCUUCCCGAUGGGUCGUACCGUGGUCGUGCUGGGCGGAGGCAUCAGCGGCUUGGCCGCCAGUUACUAUCUGAGCCGAGCCCCCUGCCCCCCAAAGGUGGUCCUGGUGGAGGGCAGCAAGCGUCUGGGAGGCUGGAUCCGUUCGAUUCGAGGGCCGGAUGGUGCAAUCUUUGAACUUGGACCUCGGGGAAUUCGGCCAGCGGGAGUGCUGGGAGCUCAGACCUUGCUCCUGGUUUCUGAGCUUGGCUUGGACUCAGAAGUGUUGCCUGUCCGGGGAGACCAUCCGGCUGCCCAGAACAGGUUCCUAUAUGUGGGUGGUGCGCUGCAUCCUCUCCCCACUGGCCUCAGGGGGCUACUUCGCCCUUCACCCCCCUUCUCCAAACCUCUGUUUUGGGCUGGACUGAGGGACUUGACCAAACCCCGGGGGAAAGAACCUGAUGAAACUGUGCACAGUUUUACCCAGCGCCGCCUUGGACCUGAGGUGGCAUCUCUAGCCAUGGACAGUCUCUGCCGUGGAGUGUUUGCAGGUAACAGCCAUGAGCUCAGCAUCAGGUCCUGCUUUCCCAGUCUCUUCCAAGCUGAACAGAGCCAUCGUUCUGUAAUCCUGGGGCUGCUGCUGGGGGCAGGGCAGAAGCCACAGCCAGACUCGGCACUUAUUCGCCAGGCUAGGGCUGAGCGCUGGAGCCAGUGGUCACUCCGUGGAGGACUGGAGAUGUUGCCCCAGGCCUUUGAAAGCCACCUGACUAGUAGUGGGGUCCAUGUUCUCAGAGACCAGCCAGUCUAUGGGCUCAGCCUUCAGGCAGAAGGGCACUGGAAGGUCUGUCUAGGGGACAGCAGUCUGGAGGCUGACCAUGUUAUUAGUGCCAUUCCAGCUUCAGAGCUCAGCAAGCUGCUCCCUGCUGAUGCUGCACCCCUGGCUCAUGUCCUGAGUACCAUCACUGCUGUGUCUGUAGCUGUGGUGAACCUGCAGUACCAAGGAGCUAAUCUGCCUGUCCAGGGAUUUGGACAUUUAGUGCCAUCCUCCGAAGACCCAGUUGUUCUGGGAAUUGUAUAUGACUCAGUUGCUUUCCCUGAGCAGGAUGGGAGCUCCCCUGGCCUCAGAGUGACUGUGAUGAUGGGAGGUUCCUGGUUACACACACUGGAAGCUAGUGGCUGUGCCUUGUCUCAGGAGCUGUUCCUACAGCAGGCACAGGAAGCAGUUGCCACACAAUUAGGACUGAAGGAACAGCCAAGUCACUGCUUGGUCCAUCUACACAAGAACUGCAUCCCCCAGUACACAUUAGGUCACUGGCAAAAAAUGGAGUCGGCUAUGCAGUUUCUGGCUGCUCAGAGGUUGCCCCUGACUCUGGCUGGAGCCUCCUAUGAUGGGGUUGCUGUCAAUGACUGUAUAGAGAGUGGGCGCCAGGCAGCAGUCCGUAUCCUGGGCACAGAACGUAACAGCUAAUCCCCAGCUCCCACUCAUGAAAAUAAAAGUUGCUGGCGCUUAACCUGA